AAUAUAUAUAUAUAUAAGUUGUGGCAAAAAUUAUGAAAGAAAAGAAUGAGAAGUUGAAGAAUGAAUUUUGGCUAAGGCCAGCAUUUCAAAACAAUUCACCAAAAUGGAAAUAUUUCAAGAAGAAAACUACAACAACCUUAAUGAAAUCGUUGACUCUAUUCUUCUUUCUGCUCGUAGUUUCUCUCUUGUUCUUCGCGGGAUGGUUUGAUCUUGCAAAAUACACUAGUCAUUUCUACAAAAAAGUAGCAGCCCCAACAAUCCAACCUCAAAUUCUUGAAUUCCCUUUGGAUUGUAGUGCAUGGAAUCAAUCCAAUAAAUGUCCAAUUAAUUACCCUACUUCUUAUAAACCCUUAAACCCUAAUAACUCAACAUGUCCUGAGUAUUUUAGAUGGAUUCAUGAAGAUUUAAAGCCAUGGAAAGAGACAGGAAUUACUAGGGAAAUGUUGGAAAAAGGAAAAAGAAAUGCACAUUUUAGGUUAAUUAUAUUGGAUGGCAAAAUUUAUGUUGAAAAAUAUAACACAAAGAAAUUUAUUCAAACUAGACAUUUGUACACUAUGUAUGGAAUUGUACAACUACUAAGGUGGUACCCUGGAAAAUUACCUAAUUUGGAGAUCAUGUUUGAUACCGAUGACCGGCCGGUCGUCCGAUCGAAAGACUACCGGAAACCUAACUCCGACCCACCACCGUUGUUCCGAUACUGUUCAGAUUGGCAUAGUUUGGAUAUUGUCUUCCCGGAUUGGUCGUUUUGGGGCUGGGCUGAGACAAAUAUAAGGCCAUGGAGAAGUGUGAUUAAGGAGAUAAAAGAAGGUAACAAAAGAACAAAAUGGAAGGAUAGGGUACCCUUUGCUUAUUGGAAGGGAAAUCCACAUGUUUCACCAAUUAGAAAAGAUCUCAUGAAGUGUAAUAUUACUGACAAACAAAACUUUCAUACUCUCUUAUAUGUCCAGGACUGGGAUGAUCAAUCCAAAAAGGGUUUCAAGGAAUCAGAUCUUGCAAAUCAAUGCACCCAUAGAUAUAAAAUAUAUGUGGAAGGAUGGGCAUGGUCAGUGAGUGAAAAAUACAUUUUGGCUUGUGAUUCACCAACAUUGUACAUAAAACCUCAUUACCAUGAUUUCUUCAUGAGAGGAAUGAUUCCUCAACAACAUUAUUGGCCCAUUAGAGAAAAUAAUAAAUGUGGUUCCCUCAACUUUGCUGUUCAAUGGGGCAACAAUCACACUCACGAGGCAGAGGCAAUUGGGAAGGCAGGAAGUGAUUUCAUUCAUGAAGAUAUGAAGAUGGAAUAUGUAUUUGAUUACAUAUUUCAUUUGUUAAAUGAAUAUGCAAAGUUGCUAAAAUUUGAACCAAAAAUUCCAUCAGAGGCAGUUGAAAUAUGUUCAGAAUCAUUGGCAUGCACUUCACAAGGUAUAUGGAGAAAAUUCAUGGAAGAAGGGUUAGAGAAAUCUCCUAGUUAUACAAAUCCAUGUACACUUCCUCCACCUUAUGAACCUCAAGAAAUCAAAUCAUUUGUUGAACAAAAGAUAAAAGCCACACAACAAGUGGAGGCAUGGGAAAAUGAGUUUUGGAGUAACCAAAACAACAAGCAAUUGGUAUAGC